AGAGGUCGGAAUAGCUUUCGGAUAUCAGUUUUUGUUUGGUAACCAGUUUAUUUUUUGGUAUGUUUUUAGAACAUAUUUUGUGUAAUGCUGUAUGAUUUUCAGUUAUAAACUACAAACUGAACACCUACAUAUAGUGAUAUUGAAUGGCUGAUGUCUUCACCCCACAUCUCCGGAGAUGCGUCAGACGUGUAUGGAUUUCUAGUUUGAGAGAAGCUCACCAGGAAACUUUACAUUCUGACCACCAGGAAACUAUACAUUCUGACCACCAGGGAACUCUGCAUUCUGAACACCAGGAAACUAUACAUUCUGAUCACCAGUAAACUAUACAUUCUGAUCACCAGUAAACUAUACAUUCUGAUCACCAGUAAACUACAUUGUGAACACCAGGAAACUAUACAUUCUGAUCGUCAGGAAACUAUACAUUCUGAUCACCAGUAAACUAUACAUUCUGACCACCAGUAAACUAUACAUUUUGAUUACCAGAAAACUAUACAUUCUGAUCACCAGGAAAUUAUACAUUCUAAUCUAUACUGGUAAAAAAGUAAGACGGGAGUGCAAAACGUGAACUGAAAACCUCCAUCUGAAAAUCAGUAUGUCAUUAGCUGCUGUUACAACUACAAAAGGUGAAGUCUGCUCAAAGUUUUGUAGAAGUAAAUCUAAAUUAGAAAUGCACAUGCGCGUCCAUACUGGAGAGAGACCGUUCAAAUGCGGAAUGUGUUUAAAGGAUUUCUCUUCCAAAAGUAACAUUAAAACACAUAUGAAUAUUCACACUGGUGUAAAACAAUUUGGAUGCGAUAUCUGUAAAAAAUCCUUUGAUUUCAGUUACAGGUUAAAGCAACAUUUGUUGAUUCAUACUGGUGAGAAACCUUUCAAAUGUGAUAUGUGCACAAAAUGUUUUACACAAAAUUCAUCUUUGAAAACUCACAAAAUGCUUCAUACUGGUGAGAAACCUUUCAAAUGUGAUAUGUGCACAAAAAGUUUUACAAAUGGUUCCAGUUUGAAAAGUCACAAAAUGCUUCAUACUGUUGAGAAACCUUUCAAAUGUGAUAUGUGCACAAAAUGUUUUACAACAACUAUAGACUUGAAACGCCAUAGUAUGCUUCAUACUGUUGAGAAACCUUUCAAAUGUGAUAUGUGCCCCAAAUUUUUUACAAAUGGUUCCAGUUUGAAAAGUCACAAAAUGCUUCAUACUGGUGAGAAACCUUUCAAAUGUGAUAUGUGCACAAAAUGUUUUACACAAAGUUCAUGUUUGAAAUUUCACAAAAUGCUUCAUACUGGUGAGAAACCUUUCAAAUGUGAUAUGUGCACAAAAUGUUUUAGACAAAGUUCCCGUUUGAAAUCUCACAAAAUGCUUCAUACUGGUGAGAAACCUUUUAAAUGUAAUGUGUGCACAAAAUGUUUUACAGGCAAACAAACCUUAAAAAAACACAUGUUUAUUCAUACUGGUGAGAAACCUUUCAAAUGUGAUAUGUGCACAAAAUGUUUUAUAAAUGGUUCCAGUUUGAAAAGUCACAAAAUGCAUCAUACUGGUGAGAAACCUUUCACAUGUGAUAUGUGCACAAAAUGUUUUACAAAUGGUUUCUGUUUGAAAAGUCACAAAAUGUUUCAUACUGGUGAGAAACCUUUCAAAUGUGAUAUGUGCACAAAAUGUUUUACACAAAGUUCAGGUUUGAAAACUCACAAAAUGCUUCAUACUGGUGAGAAACCUUUCAAAUGUGAUAUGUGCACAAAAUGUUUUAGACAAAGUUCCCGUUUGAAAUCUCACAAAAUGCCCGUUUGA